AUUGGUAUAUAAAGUGACCAUUGUUGUGGCAGCAGGCUAUAGCUUCCAUGACAGGUAUAUUUAUAUUAGACAAUGGCUGUCAGUAUACUACCUCUUUUUGCUGUCAUUUUGAUCCUUCACUCUGGUCCCUCAUCAUCGCUCACCACUACUGAAAACUGGAAGCAUCUCAACGUCCCUUGCAAUACAGAAAGUUUAUCCUUUCGUAAUGUGACUAACAAGACAGAUAUACAUCUGGAUCACUGUACGUUUAAUCUGAGAUAUCCACUACAUAUUUCGAACAUAAACGACCUUCGUAUUAUCGGCAGUGGUAAUGGAACAGUGAUUAACUGUACAAGUGACAACGCUGGUCUGUUGUUUAAAUCGGUAAAUAACCUUCUGUUAGAGAGUUUGAUCAUACAAAAUUGUGGAGUUUUUAGUGAUGACAGGUUGCAAAUUGCUAGUGUUCGAAUAGUAGGAGGUGAGAAUGUAUAUAUAACUGUCAUGAACGUGACAAUAGAAAAUGGUACAGGAACUGGGUUAUCUCUAAUCAACGUUAGUGGUGUUGUGACGGUUAAAAAUUGCACUUUCCGUCGCAAUAUUUAUUAUGUAGAUCGAAUGUACCAGGUUGUGAAUGCUACACACAAUGACUUUACCCAAAGGGGAGGAGGUAUGCAAAUACAAAUCGGCGUGGAGCAUAGAUCUGUGUAUCUUAUUCAGAGGUGCAAGUUUUUGUUCAAUUUUGCCUCCAGUGGAGGAGGUCUAUUUGUAGUAGUUCAGCUGCAUGCAUCAAAUCAUAGUAUUACUGUUGAGAAUAGUGAGUUUAUCAAAAAUAAAUGCCAGAACGGUGGCGGCGGUGUGCAGUUUGGCUAUACAGCUCUGCGAUCAUCUUCAAAAAAAGUAAAUUCCAAUUCUAUUAUGUUCCAAAACUGUGUGUUUAGAGGCAAUGAGGCUAGAUAUGGUGGAGGAACAGCGAUAUUCUCUUCUUUGGGUACACCACUAUUCUCCGAAAACAAAAUUCAGAUGAACAAUAGCUCGUGGUCUAAUAACACUGCCUCUAAACUUGGAAUGGCUGUUGACAUAGCUAUUGCUCCUUGGGAGACAUUUAGCAGGAAUGGUCUUUUUCCUAAACCAUUGUUCAGUCACUGUAAUUUUACAGAGCAUACACAUUAUACUUUUCUCAGCAGUCCUAGAAGUAUUUUCACCCUAACAGGAUUCAGGAUAGAUUUCAAGGACACAAUAUUGUUUGAAAGAAACACAGGUACUGCAAUUGAGGCAAAUUUGGCUGAACUGAAUUUUACUGAAAACUCGUAUGUUAAAUUUGGUGAAAAUCGUGGAGUCAAUGGUGGGGCUGUGAGCUUGAAGGGAUUAUCUGUGAUAUUUAUUUACGAUCACUCUACGUUGGUAUUUCAGGAUAAUAGUGCUUUGAAAAAAGGUGGUGCUAUUUAUGUUGAUUCUUCUGGCAGGCAUUCUGAGUCAGUUUGCUUUAUCCAGCGCAGAAGAAAAAAGCAGUUUCAUGCUUCCUUUGUAUUCGAUAAUAACACUGCAGGUUUUGAAAAUUUUAGACAUAGAGGUGACUCCAUAUAUGCUUCAUCUCUUCUGCCCUGUCUUGGAAAGUGUUCUCAAUUACAUGAUAAUGUAUCUGUGUCAAGGGCAUUGGCAUGCAUAGGAAAGUUUAAGUUUGAUUUAGUAAGUCCCAGACGACAAAUUACCUCUGCAGCUCAUCAUUUUUCAAGAAGUGAUACGUUAAAUGAGCAAGAUCCAAUGUGCAAUUUGUUUAUGGUCAAUGACAUCAUUUACUCAAACAAAAAUUAUGUAACCAGAAAUAUCGAUUACCAUAUUAACGAAAGCUUAUACGUCACACCCGGUAACACUACAAAGAUACCUCUGAAACUAGUGGAUGAACUUUGUGGAGAAGUUUCCUUUCGUGUAUCAGUAGAAGUAUUGAAGUCAGACCAAGGAAGCAUAUUCAUUGACUCGACGCACUCAAUAAUUACUGACAAUUAUAUCACAAUACAUGGAGAUCCAAAUGACUUCGGCACUUUACAGUUUUCUGCUGUUGGAGUACGAUGUGUUACUUUGUCUGUCAAAUUAAAUGAUUGUCCCCCAGGCUAUAUACACAAUAAUUCAACGAAAAAUUGCGUGUGCUCUUUGGCUACUCUACUACACUAUGAUGGAAUUGAGAGGUGUAGUGAAACAAACUUCACAGCGUAUACAAAACAUGGAUAUUGGUUGGGAUACUUAAAAAACCCUAAUAAGGAGACACGACAGGACCGAUUAGCUUCUGCCAUUUGCCCCAAAGGUUUUUGCACAACUAACUCUUCCUCGGAGUAUCCAUUACCAUCUGUAGCUUUGGAUGAUUUGAGCUCAUACAUCUGUAACGAAACAAGAAGAGGUAUUAUUUGUGGUAGUUGCAAAGAAAAUAACUCUGCUUAUUAUCGCUCUACUUCGUUUUCUUGCAAACCCAAUGAUUUGUGCUACCUGGGGUGGUUGUUCUACAUUCUGUCCGAGAUAAUUCCGGUAACGUUCCUGUUCUUCAUUGUCAUUUACUUCAACUUGUCAUUCACAUCUGGUGCAUUGAAUGGUAUUAUUUUUUUCAUUCAAGUGAUAGGCACAUUUAAAAUCGAUGGUGAAAACUUUAUACAAUUCCCUGAAGGAGUAAAACAACUGUCAAGGAUUUACAAACUUGUUUAUCGGAUUUUUCUGUUGAAGUUUUUUGCUCUUGAAGAGGUUUCAUUUUGCCUUUGGGAAGGUGCUACUGCCCUUGACAUGCUAGCGUUUAGGUAUGUUACUAUCAUGUACAGUUUGUUUCUUGUAAUUUUUACGGUCAUUUUACUAAAAAAACGUAUAUUUUCAUUUCACUGUUGCCAUUUAUCAAAACAAUUGAAAAAAGAACAGCCAAACUUGAAGCAUUCUAUACUUAAUGGACUGUCAGCAUUUCUGGUGAUGAGUUACUCUGAAUGUACACGAGUGUCUCUGAUGAUUCUAACUACUGGAACACUGACCGUUGGGCCUACAACUAAACAAAAGUUUGAGCCUGUCGUCUUCUAUAAUGGAGAGUAUUCCUUCAUGGGUAAAGAACAUUUGAAGUAUGCGUUGCCAGCCCUUUUCUUCCUGUUUACGAUUGUAGCUGUACCUCCAAUGCUUUUGAUUGUCUACCCACUGUGUUACAAACUGUUCGCUUUGCUGAGGAUUAAUGAAUCAAAGUGUGUCCAAAUUACAUGUAAGGUCAUUCCCUUAGAGAAAAUCAAGCCGAUGUUCGAUUCCAUUCAGGGUGCAUUCAAAGACCAAUACCGUUUCUUUGCUGGGCUGUAUUUCGUUUAUCGACUCGGUGCUUCUCUAACCUUUUCGUUCCCAAGUGCUUUGAAAACAUAUUACACUGCUACUAGUGCUCAGCUGAUAUUCAUGUUGAUGGUACAUGCAGUGUGUUGUCCUUACCGACAAAAGUGGCACAACAUUUUGGAUGCCCUCUUGUUCUCAAUCCUAGCCAUGAUCAAUGCAAUAUCGUUUUUCAAUUAUGAACGUAAUCAAUCGGAUGUAACGUAUUUAGCAGGAGUUCAAUGUGUACUAAUUUUGCUUCCAUUGGUAUAUUUGGUCAUAUACACUACAUACAAGAUCUAUUUGAAGAUUAAGACUGCUAUGGCCUCAUGCUCAAAAAGAAACGACACAGAAGACGAAGAUGACAACUUAAAUGGGAUUUUAGAUAUGGUGGAUUCAAGAAUUAUUGAACAAGCAGAUGUUGGGGAAACAAAUGAUUACAUGUUAUACUGAAAGCGAGAUAGGAAAGUGUCAACAAUUAAUAUUCCCAGUAGAUUCAUAAUAAUUAUUCCCAAUGAAUAAUGCAUAUAAAUCAUGACUACAAUCACUGUAUACUUGUGCUUCACAUGCAGUAAGAUUCGUAAAAAUUAUGUCAUCAUAAUGCACAUAUCUCUUCAUACAUUUAUCUUGAAUUGAUGUUAGCUAGAUCUAGAUCUAUAUAAAUCUGCUAGUCUGUUUUAAUCAUAUUCUGUGGCAGUAUUGUAUUCCUAGCACCUCUAGCUAAGCGGAGAAUAGAAAUGAACAAUAGAUCAGAACUUGGAGAGAAAGUUGCAAUAAAUUGACAACAUAACUACAAUUCCAGUUAUAAUUAAAUGCAGCGAUAUAUAAAUAAAUGUUCCAAUUGUGGUACUGGGCAGCAAAAAGUAGAAAUGUGAAUGGAAUAUUCAGUAUUCGAAUCACGAAGAAC